CGGAGACACACACUUUCCAUCUUCGGACCGGGGAGAUGACCGUGACGCUCCAGGAUAUGGCUAUGAUCACCGGUCUUCCUAUCGAUGGGAACCCUUUAUGUAUGAACACCGAUUCUGAUGGGUGGCGCGCAGAUGCAUGCCCUUAUCGGUACGGUUCCUCCGGAGCCUCGGGAGCCAGAAGUAGAAGACAAGAAGAAGGAAAGAGUCGCAACCGGUGCUCCUUUCACGUGGAUUAAUCGAACUUUGGUACUUGCCCUGAGGAUGCUAAUGAGGACACGGUGAAGACAUAUGCUCGUGUCUACAUGUGGUACGUGAUAUUCAAGACUAUGUUUGCUGAUGGCACAUGCAAGAAUGCUCCAUGGAUGUGGCUGAAGGCGUUGACCGUCUUCGAUAGCAAAUGGAGUUGGGGUUCGGCAACACUGGCUUACUUGUAUCGACAACUAGACGAAGCCUGUUGUAGGCCAUCUGGAGGUAUUGGUGGUUGUAUGCUCGCACUUUCCAUAUGGAGCUGGGAGCGUUUGCCAGUUGGACGACCGAAGACCAUGAAGUACGAGGAUUGGGACGACAAAAACGACCCACUACGGCUCCCCGCUUGGGCUCACAAGUGGGAUGUGUUAAAUGAGACGACAGAUGAUCCGUCGGUCAUGUACAAGUUGUACAAGAGCGAGCUGGACGUGAUCACGCCUGAGCAGGUGGAAUGGGAGCCGUAUGGAAAAGGAGAGAGUUUUGGUAACCCUAUAGAGUUCAGGCUGAAUCCGAUGUGCACUAGGGAUAGGGAUCUCUGGCAUAUGCGGUGCCCACUCAUAUGCAACUGGGCGGUUGAGCUUCACCUGCCACAUCGGGUGUUCCGCCAGUUUGGUUUUUUCCAGUCAUUUCCGCGGGUUGGAUAGAAAAAGCAGCGGAAGAUCAAGGAUUGGGCCACGCAUCACAGGGAGUAUGUCAUACAGUUCGCGCUUAGUGUGGAGCAAGCUAGGGCUGGAAAACGAGCCCAGCUUCGUGAGCAUUGCCCGAUCAUGUUCAACAACUAUCUCACAUGGUUUCUUGGAAGUACCCGUGUGGAGGUAUGCAAGCCGGCGUAUGCUGAUGAGAUCUUGCAAGAUCCGACUGUUUUUGAUGAGCUAGCCCAGCACCAGUACAACGCAUUAGUCAGGAAAGGCAACUCAGUGAUCCCUUCAGCUCCAAUGAUGAACUCAGUGAUCCCUUCAGCACCGGUAUUGAAUGUGCCUAUUGAGAAAGUCUUGACCCCCGGGAUCUAUUUUUUGUGUGCGAGCAAUUUGUGGUACAAAGUGGCGAACCGCUUGUCAGAGAAAGCGAGACAACAAUCUUGAAGAUCAUCGGACAACUCCUUAAGGCCACAUGCCCUAUAGAAGUUCGAACAAAAGUGCCUCAUGCACCAUCGAUGGUGCAAC